AUGGACUCCUCUACCGAAAGCCGGUCUACGGCUCUUAUUCGCAAACGGGUAGACACUGAGUUGAUGCCACCACCCCCGCCGGCGAAACGCAUCAAGCGACCGAAACGCGUGCUCGACGAAGACACCUACACCGACGCCCUCUCGCACAUCAUCGCCCGCGACUUCUUUCCCGGUCUCCUCGAAAGCGAAACACAACAAGAGUAUCUCGACGCGUUAGAGUCUAGAGAUGAAGAUUGGAUUAACAGCGCCAGCCGCCGGCUCCGACAAGUCAUGACUCCCGGUCGACGACGAAGGCUUGCCACGCCACUCCGCCAGGCAACGGCAGCAGGAGGCCACACCCCGCUCAACUUCGUCGGCGACACACCCGCGUCGGUGGUUUCCACAACUACCACCGCCACGUCAGCCCAGAAGCAACCCGCGAUAGACACCAGCGUCUCUCUCGCCAUGUUCCAAUCGAAAUACACCUCCGAAGACAACGAAUCCUUCUACAAACUCCUCGACAGGCAGAACCAAAAACGCGUCGAGAAAUACGCCUGGCUUUGGACGGGGAACAAACUCCCAUCCAAACAACAGCUCAAGCAAAAAGAAGUCGAAGCCAAACUCCUCGCCGAACGCGGCGGCGGCGCCCUCCGAGACGACGGCUUCGCCCGCGACAGACUGGCCAUCCUCGACAAAGACGCCGCGGACCGGCCGGCCGCGCCGGAUCAUUGGAACAAAGCGAGGCCGGACAACGAGCUGAUGUUUAUACCGGACGGCGUGGACGACGGCCGGCUGCAGACCGUGGCGGAGCGGGCGCAGGCCGAGAGCAGGGCGGCACCGAAGCGCAUCGUGUACGAGAACACGCGGGUGCCGCAGCCCGCGGCGGCGAGGGAGGCGUCCGGGGAGGGCGAGCGUUCGUCGAGGGCCGGCUCGCCUUCGCUGUCGGAGAUUCGCAACGCGAUCGCGGGCAACAGGAGGGCGUGCGAUGCCGAGACGAGCGUUACGGGUGGCGCCGGGGAGACGCCGCGGGUGAAUGGGUAUGCGUUCGUGGAUGACGAGGAGCCGGAGCCGGAGCCGGCGCGGCGCGGGAGGGAGAAGGCGCCGGUAAUCGAUCUUGGUCCGGGGGACGCCACGCCGAAUCCGUUCCAGUUUCAGGAGCAGAGGAAGCGGGAGGCGCUGCAUCACCGGAUGGUGGACAAGAUCUCACAGUCGAAGCGGACGUCGGCGAGGCUGGGGUUUACGGGGAACGUGCAGCGCACGCCGGUGCCGAAAUUUCCGAGCAGCCCGAGGGUGUCGGCCGGGGAUCUCACGCCGGCGGCGCAGAGGUUAUGGGGGAGGAUUGGCGGGUCCGAGAGAAGGGGCGCCGAGUCACCAAAGCGGGUGAAGGAUCCGCUCAACCUCACUCUGAACCCCCACCACUGUCAGCCCUAUCGCGUCCCGUCAGUUCGGCAAGGCAAAAGAGUGAGGAAAGGAAGGUUCAGCAUGCGCCUCGCCGACCUGCUCGUCGACCUCGCCGCCGUCGCGAGCGCGUCGCGCGCUGUAGCCAGCAAGCAUGUCGCGCUGCGGGCGAGGCAGGUCGAGCGGUACAGUCGGGAGUCCAGUGUGGUUGGGAGUGUGCUGAGGGGGCAGAAGCAGCAGCAGCAACAGCAGCAGCAGCCGGAGGAGCGGGAGCAACCGCGGGAGCAGCAACCACAGGAGCAACCGCAGGAUCAGGGGCAGGGACAGCCAGCGCAGGAGACACGGCAACAGACACGAACACGAAAUGCACAGCCGGAGGAGCACGAAGCGCGGCCACAGAGGGGAGCCGAGGAGGGAGUAGGGGGUGCUCAAGGGGCGAGGGGCCAGGAGGGGAAACCCGGGUUGACGGUCGAUGAGACGCCUAUUGCGACGCCGGUCGAGGGGCCGGGAGCGGGAGCGAGAGGAACAGAGCCAGCACAGCCGGCGGGCGCGGCGGGAUCCGAGUUCAAGCCCGCUCCGUGGGCCGAUGGCGGGAUCGCGGCGCUGAAGCAAGGGUUUGUCCCUCCGAGGCGGUCUCCCCAAUCAUUGAGGAAGCCGGUUAUGGGCAUCCCCGGGGUGGACUUGAGUCUUUUCCGGACGAAAGGAGGGUCACAUGUUUUGGAUGCGUUGAAAGAGAUGGAGGAGAAAGAGGGAGGAAACGAGCGGUUAGCUACCUCGGAAGGCGAACGGAGGGAACCAGCCAGGGAGGACUCAACUAGGGAUGCCGAGGUAUUAAAAGCUAACGAAAGGGAGGCGGAGACAGCAGUUAUGCCUGAAACCCCGAAGUUGCAUCCGGCCUCGUUAGUGCCCGAGGAAGGUGGAGAGAAAGUUCCGACAAUCGAAGAGGUCUUGGAGGAGGAGAGUGGAAAGACCCCUGCGGCACAACCCGAGCCCGAAACCCAGGCCCCUUUAAAGAGUGGAAGAGAGGUGACAGAAGCGGAGGGUACCGAAACCCCUAUACAGCAGACCAAACGCGAGGAAUCCGCCGUUCCCAGCCCGGAGGCUAUUGAAGGAAAGCCAUUGUCACAAGAAGAUGCGAGCAUAGUGGCCGAGUUGACAAAUCCAACACCCAUCGCAUCCGCAACCCCCAGCUACCAACUUCGAGAGUCCGCCGUCCCAUCCUCGCGAAUCGGCCGGCUCUGGAAUUACGGCGGCCUCGCAGCCGGCAUGUUCGCGGGCGCGAUCGGGGAAGGCCUCAGCCGGGCGGUAGGCGGCGGCGGUUCAGGCUCGAUGAUGCUCAGCGCGGCCAACAUGGAGCGGCUCGUGGCCAAGCUCUCGCGGAUGCGCGGCGCUGCUCUCAAGCUCGGCCAGAUGAUGAGCUUCCAGGACGCCAAGAUGCUCCCGGCCCCUCUCCAGGAGGUCCUGCAGCGCGUCCAGGACCGCGCCGACUACAUGCCGGGCUGGCAGCGAGACCGCGUCCUGACGGCCAACCUCGGCGAGAACUGGCGCGACCUCUUCGACGAGUUCGAGGACAAGCCCAUCGCCGCCGCCUCCAUCGGCCAAGUCCACCGCGCCACCCUCAAAUCCAACGGCACCCGCGUCGCCGUCAAGAUCCAGUUCCCCGGCGUCGCCGACUCCAUCAACUCAGACCUCGACAACCUCGCCGUCCUCCUCGCCGCCACCAAGCUCCUCCCCAAAGGCCUCUACCUCAACAAGACCAUCGACAACGCCCGCACCGAGCUCGGAUGGGAAUGCGACUACACGCGCGAAGCCGAGUGCGCAGAGCGCUACCGGGAGCUCCUCACGACAGCCACGGCAACCUCGGCCUCGGAGGAAGCCGUCUUCUCGGUGCCGCGCGUCUACCGCGAGGCCAGCGGCAAGCAGGUGCUCACGAUGGAGUUCAUGGACGGCACGGCGGUGACGCGGAUCGGGUCCUUCACGCAGGCGCAGCGCGACCGCAUCGGCACGCAGCUGCUCCGCCUCUGCCUGCGCGAGAUCACCGAGUUCCGCUUCAUGCAGACGGACCCCAACUGGACCAACUUCCUGUACAACGCCGCGACCGACCGCCUGGAGCUGCUCGACUUUGGCGCGUCGCGCGAGUUCCCGGCGCGCUUCAUCGCCCAGUACGUGGCGCUGCUGGAGGCGGCGUCGCGCGCGGACCGCGACGGCGUGCGCGAGCUGAGCGAGCGUCUGGGGUACCUGACGGGCCACGAGAGCAAGGCGAUGCUGGAUGCUCAUGUCACCAGCGUCGUCACCCUCGCCGAGCCCUUCCUGCGCUCCGCCCCGGAGCUGUACGACUUCCGCGACCAGACUAUUACGGAGCGCGUCAAGGCCCAGAUCCCCGUCAUGGUCCACGAGCGCCUGGCGCCCCCGCCCGAGGAGACGUAUAGUCUGCAUCGGAAGCUUAGUGGUGCGUUUUUGUUGUGUGCGAGGUUGGGGAGCAGGGUGAGGUGUAGGGAGUUAUUUGAGGAGGCGCUGGCGAAGUCGGGGUUCACGAGGGAGUAA